CAUAAUAUGCCCUUUGUGUAAGUUUUGUCUUCUUGAGACCAAUAAUGCAUUCAUGUUAAUUGACUCAGAUGAUGAUUCCACCUGGGGACUGCUUAUAUGCUGGGAGGAAGAGAAGGAAGCCCAUCCAAAAACAAAAACAGACAGCGGCCAGCCAGAAGACCAAUCCGUCUAAGAGGCACCGUGACCGUCUGAAUGCAGAGCUGGAGCGGUUGGCCAGUCUCCUACCCUUCACCCCAGACAUCAUCUCCAAACUGGACAAGCUCUCAGUGCUGCGCCUCAGCGUCAGCUACCUCCGGGUCAAAAGCUUCUUUCAAGCCAUCCAGGAGAAGCCAUGCAGAAAGCACAUCAUGGAGUCGCCUGUGAACCACCAGGAUACCAGGAAAGAGAGCCUGUCCAUGGGGACCCCGGGGACCAGCAGCAGCGUGGUGGAGAGUGACCUCUUACUGGAGUCCCUGACUGGGUUUGCCUUGGUGGUGAGCACAGAUGGGUUGAUCUUCUACACCUCCACCUCCAUUGUGGACUACUUGGGCUUUCAUCAGACGGAUGUGAUGCACCAGAAUGUUUUUGAUUAUAUCCAUGUGGAAGAGCGGCAGGAGUUCAGAAGACAACUCCACUGGGCCAUGAACCCCGGGACCCAGGGGGCCUCCCUGGACCAGCACUCAGCCACAGGAAUUGGUGAUGACUUUGUGAUGAGCAGUCUCUUCCAUGCCCAGGAGCCUGACGGUGUUCCUCUAGAGCGCACCUCCUUCCUCACGCGCUGUUUCAUUUCCCGAGUCCGUUGCUUGCUGGACAGCACCUCAGGCUUCCUGAGCAUGCAGUUCCAGGGCAGCCUGAAGUUCCUGCAGGGCCAGAAGCAAAAGACAGACUCCGGGGCACUGCUGCCCCCCCAGCUGGCCCUGUUCUGUGUGGCCGUGCCCCUCAUGAUUCCCUCCAUCACAGAGCCGAAGAUGAAGAACACGACGAUCAGGAACAAGAACAAGGGCCCCGUCAUCCCCAUACCAGAUAAGCACAGUGACAAGAGGCAUCGAAACACCAGAGGUUCAUGUGACAGCAGUGACUUAUUGCUUCUGAAUUGGUCCAGCAGCUCUACCAGAGACCCCUGCCACUAUACCCCAUGGACACCCCUCUCCAAAGACGGCAUCAGGUAUAGGAACAAUGGUUACUACACCCAGGAGCCCAUCAACUUCUGCCUGUCUUCCAUGGGUGGUGGGCCCAAAGCUCCGAGCGUGAAUCAUCCAUGGGACAUCCGCACCGGGUCCACCAUAAGAAAGGGCCCCAGCAGCAGCUAUAUACCAUGCAGACAAGGCAAGUACAACAACCUGGGGAAGUCUGGAGCUUACAGGAUGUCUCCAGGAUAUCAUGCUAAAAGACAGGAUGCCUCUCAGAACAAACUGUACGGAGGCCUCCACAGCCCAGAGGCGGAGAGCUUCUGUGAGGACGGCAUGAAGGCAGACAACAACUACAUGGGCGGCCAUCUUGACUGUUACAAUGGCAUGGUGUUGCCUGAAACAGCCAUAAAGACAGAGCAGGACUCUGACUCUGAGAACGGUUGCAACAUCUACAGCAUGCCCCACAACCUAGCCUGGGUGGGGAAUGAGAAGCGCUACAGCAUGGCCUACUCAGAAGAACCACAGGUGAAGUCGGAGGCUGACUACUAUGACCAAUACACCACCUGCCAAAGGAACAAGUCCAACAUGAGCCCAACGCUCAACGGAUACCACAAAUACUUAUACCCAGUGGGGAGCAGGGCUCAGAAGGAUCAUAGGAUACCUCACUCAGACCCUCUGUGUAGCAGUCAGGGAGCAAACUGUAUGGUCAGCAAUGUGUAUGGGAAUGGUACUGUGGAGCAUAAAGGCUACAUACAGCAAGACAACAAACUGAACUACGAGUUCAGGAAUCAUCUGGUCCACUCUAUAAAAAGGGAACCCAUGGACUCACCUCCUUGUUCUGACAAUGGACAUGACAUUAGCCAAAUACCCCUGCAGAGAAAUAUGAUUCACAAUUGUGCAUUGAAUGAUAUUGUACACAAACAAAACCCAUAUAUCUACAUGCAAUGAGGUCAAUGGAAAAUCUCAUAAACCAUCUGGGCACCACCUUGCUUCUUUAUUGUAUUGAUGCAUAAUAUGGCAGGGUGGGUAGUUAUUUAAUAAUAGGUGAACGCACCAAUUUGUAAGUCGCUCUGGAUAAGAGCGUCUGCUAAAUGACUUAAAUGUAAAUGUAAAUGUAAAUCUCAGGUAAUCAGCAGUGUUACAAAGCAAAAAUAUAUGGAAGCAAGGAGAGGUGUUUUAAUAAGGACUCUGUACAUAAGACACACAAGAUAAAUAUAACUUUUCUUCAGAUUUACAGGACCAGUCAAAAGUUUGGACACCUACUAAUUCAAUGGGUUUUCUUUAUUUUUUACAUUGUAGAAUAAUAGUGAGGACAUCAAAACUAUGAAAGAACACAUAUGGAAUCAUGUAGUAACCAAAAAAGUGUUCAAAUCAAAAUAGAUUUGAGAUUUUAUAUUCUUCAAAGUAGCCACCUUUACCUUGAUGACAGCUUUGCACACUCUUGGCAUUCUCUCAACCAGCUUCAUGAGGUAGUCACCUGGAUUGCAUUUCAAUUAACAGGUGUUGCUUGUUAAAAGUGAAUUAAAUGAAUUAUUCUUUGAUAGGUUGAAUGUAUGUAUUAUUUUAACAGUGAGUUUGUCAUUUUUGUUUUAAAGACAGUGUUAUAAAUUGAGAUUUAACAAAGCGUCACUUAACAGCUAUUUACACACAUUAAUGUCUAAGGCGGUAUCUGAACAUAAUAAUGUCCAAAUGUAUUGCACAGCAAUACUGUUCAUUUAUGUUCGUGGUCCAUUGUUAUAUUUGUACAUUUUUGUAAAAUUGUAGUACAUUCAAAAGAAAUGUUAGGAACUGUAGUUCUGUUUUAUGAAGCCAAUGUUUUAUUAUAUUUUGAAAAGAUUGAAAAAAAAUACAGUAUGUGAAAUUAUGACAUGUUCCCUUACAUAUUCCAUAGCUGCAUAGCUGCAACAUUUCUACAAUUUCUAUUAUGCUGUUUUUAAAAUAAAAAUCUGUAAAUUAAUUUCUUUCUUUCAAAGCUAUUCUACAAAUUGUAAUACUUUAAUUGCAGACUUGUUUCUAAACAACUUUUGGUAACACUUUUUAUUUGUGUAUUUUUUAUUACUGGUCUGAAAAUUGACCAGCCCUUCUGGCAUUUGCCCAGAUGGCCAGUCCAACCCGA